AUGAAUUCUUAUCACAGUAAGGUUCUUCGGGAACACACGAAAGCGCAGACGUCGGAUUCCAAUCGUAGAGUCGGAACGUUCGCACCUCUCAUACCGAUAACAUUAAGAGUCAGAUGAUAGUGGAAGACGUAGAAGAAGACGUAGUUUUUUUUAUUAAGUACUUAGAUUAUCCUCGUAAUUAUACGUAUUUCUCGGCUCUUGUCUCACGCUUCCCAGUUUUUAUUAGAUAUUGUUUCUGUAUCUUUUUCUACUUAGGACUCUAGUUGUACUGCAAUUAUUGAGUAAAGCGUCUUCGAAGUCGUGGAGAUAGCUGUCUUCAUUGGUGGAUGAAGCACGGCUGCGAAUGAUGUCGUUUCUUGAGUUUUUGUAUGGAGGCUCUUGUGAAGGUAAGUAACGCGCAACCUCGAGAAUUUAAGGAUAAACAACAACACUGCUCCCUUGACGUGAAGAUCGUAGGAGUGGAAAUCGUGAAAUAGGAUUACUUAGCCUCUAACCUUGAGAGGAACUGCUACGAGCGCUCGAAAGCAAAAACGCAUAGACUUGGGAGGCCCCGCUUCCUCCGGUACUGCAGAUUACCCCCCUCGACCUGAUCCACGCCUUGCCGUUGG